ACAGUUUGCUUGCCUUUCUCGCUGGACCUGGCAACACUGGAUUGGGUUACAAUCGCCCAUCCUGAUCUUCAAAUAGCAGCAGCGGAGAUCAACAGCCGCUUCAGUCCGGAGAAUUGAAACUGAAAUUCAACACCGCCCGUUUCUGUAGAGCCUCAGCCGGUAAAACGUGGUGCUCACCCCGGCUCGCGCGUGUGUAACGUUAGUGGGAGGAGAAGCGGAUCUUCUAGCUUGUUCUAGAACGAGGACUGACUAGUUAUCGCAUGUAACGUUAGUUCACAGUACAACAACUGGUAACUUUAAACAAGCGGAGCUGGGCGAUCACCAAAGCCCUUCCUUCAACAUUUACUUUCCGGGUUUUCAACUUCAGACGGCGAUUCUACCGCGGUAGCUUUGUUAUAUUUAUCAUCAUGCCUCAGAAGCGGCGCUCGCAGUCGUGGACGGAGCUCAAACAAGCCGGUAACGAGUGCUUCAGAGCCGGUCAGUACGGAGAAGCUGUGAACCUCUACAGCCAGUCCAUCCAGCUGCUGGAGAAGUCUGGUCAGAAGAACAAGGAAGAUCUGGGCAUUCUGUACUCCAACAGGGCCGCCAGUUACCUGAAAGUUGGAAACUGCAGUGAAUGCAUUAAAGACUGCACAAGGUCUCUUGAAUUGGUUCCGUUUGGAUUGAAAGCUCUGCUUCGCCGGGCAUCAGCUUAUGAAGCCUUGGAGAGAUACAGACAGGCGUAUGUGGACUACAAAACUGUUUUACAGAUAGACUGGAACAUACCGGCUGCUCACGAUGGCGUCAACAGAAUGACCAAGGCUUUGACAGAUAUAGACGGACCAUCUUGGAGAGAGAAACUGCCUCCGAUUCCCACCGUUCCGAUGUCUGUGAAAGAAAGCCUGGCACAAGCCGCCAGCUCGGCCUCCAGCCCACAACAAAACAGCGUGAUCGACAACAAGAAAAAAGCACCAGGACCUGAAGCUGCUAAAAAAGCCAAGGCUCUAAAGGAAGAAGGCAAUGCGUUUGUGAAGAAAGGCGAACACAAGAAAGCCGUGGAGAAGUACACGCAGUCACUCGGUCAGGACCCCAAAGAAGUCACAACCUACACAAAUCGGGCUCUCUGCUACCUGUCAUUAAAGAUGUAUAAAGAAGCUAUUAGCGACUGUGAUGAGGCUCUUCGAUUGGAUUCAGCCAACAUUAAGGCUUUUUACCGACGUGCCCAGGCAAACAAGGAACUCAAGAACAAGAAAUCUUGUAUUGAAGAUCUCAACAGUGUGCUCAAACUCGAGCCAAACAACGCGGUGGCGCAGAAACUACUGCAGGAAGUACAGAAGAUGAAAUAACCGUGAUUAUAAAGUGAACAUGAGGAAACUUUCCCCAAGUGCCUCGAAUUGAUUUGCCUCUGCAAUGUUUGCUACAGACUUUAGAUAUGCACAUCAUAAUGUUAUUUUAAAACUAGGAAAAAAUAUUGAGUGAUGAUGUUCAUAUAGACAUAUUGACCGGGUGUAUUGCCAUUAAUAAGGUAAUCAUGUUUCUUUUCUGAAACUCCACCUGUGUGUCUUGAGAUCAAACUUGUUCUGGUAAUUACAUUUGUCCAUGUAAUCAGUAAUGAAUCAUAUGUGAGGUUGAUUUAGCAUGUGAUUUUAAUGUCUUUUUCAUUGCACACUGAACUGAAUGGCUCUUUUUCAGACAAAACUGUAAUUCCUACUUCACUUUAGAUUGACAACUCAGAAAGGCAGAUAGUAUGCGGGCUGCGUUUUCUACUAAAUGUGUUUAUUUUUUGGCAAAGAUGUUGUAUUGUUGUGGGUUAGUUACUGUCAAAACCAAUUAAUUUUUAUAUACAUUUGUAAAGACUUGGCACCUGUAUUUAUUGAUGUUUCAUAUGCCAUUUUGCAUCAAGACAAUGUAAACGGGUCUUUAUUUUAUUUAAAGUAAUGUGCUGUUAUGCAUCUGAUAAUAAAGGAGAAUGUUCAGGAAUAUUGUAUUUUUUCAUCCUGUAAACUGGCAGAUGUAAUGCUAUGAACAGCGAUGACUUUUUUGUAGCAAUUAGCAAUACUAAAAAGGCAAAACAGUAAAUGCUAUGUAUACAGGUAGUAUAACUGUGAAUGAAAGCAAAAAUACGUGGUCAAUUACCAAUUUCAAAUUGUUCCUCAGUUUGUAAAAAAGUUAUCUGAACUGUAAAC